UGUGUGUGUGUGUGUGUAGGGACGUACACACAUAGAAACACGGCCGAAGGAUAGCCAGCACAAGCCCAUAUAAAUGCGAGGAGUGCCAAGAACUAGGAUGGAGAGACCCCAGAAGACUUGUUUGAGAAGAGCAUGGGAGGCUCUAGUCCCUUUGCCAAAGGUCCUUGCUGAGGAAAGCACCAUUGCAACCAACUCCAGCCGCUCCCCUGAGAAGACUCUGCUUCCUCACAUUAAGCGUCCGUUUUACCCAGAAUCAGGAUGGCACCGCCUCAAGGAGCUCUUUGUCAGAGAUGAACGCCUGCCAGUCCCAGAGGAAAUUGAUUAUAUUUACAAAUCAGCAGCUUCAGGGGCAAUCAUUGGUUGGUUAUAUGGUGGCAUACCUGCUUUUUAUCAUGCCAAACAACGUUAUGUUUCUCAGAGCCAUGCAGAGGUUUAUUACAACCGGUUUGAUGCUGUGCAAUCUGCCCAUAGAGCUGCCAUUCGAGGAUUCAUCCGAUAUGGCUGGCGGUGGAGUUGGAGAACAGCCAUCUUUGUGACUCUGUUUAACACAGUGAGCACUGGUCUGAAUGUAUACCGAAAUAAAAGUGCCAUAAGCCAUUUUGUUGUUGCAGGAGCUGCUACAGGAAGUCUUUUCAGAAUACACUUGGGUUUGAGUAGUCGUGCUGGUUGUGUAAUUGGAACCAUUCUGGGUACUCCUUUUGGAAUCAUACUCAUGGCCAUACAGAAGUUUCAAGGGGAGACUGUUUGGGACAGAAAACAGAAGGAUCGAAAAGAGCUGUAUGAGUCAAAGCUGAACGAGUGGAAGGCCAGGCUACUUGUUACUGAUGUUGUCACUGAAGAAUUUCAAAGUAACAUAGGGAAAGAUCAAUCAGAAAGACAUGCAGAGAGAAUUGAAGAGCUGUUAAAUCUUCCUCGAAACCUUUCUUCAACAACAGAUAGUAAAGAUGGGGACUAGUUUGAUUCAUAAUAUAGGAGAUGUUUAAUGAGAUUUUUUUUUAUUUAAAGGGAGGUGGAUGAACUCCUGGCUGUGUCCCUAAAGUUUUAAUCAUGAGUGUCGUCUUUGUGUUGGACUAUUGCAUAAAGUAAACACUGACUCACGAAGUGUUUGUUAAUGACUGGUGCUGGGCAGACUCCCGGAGUUGGACUGCUAGAGAUGGUAUCUGUUUUCUUCCUCCACAUCUAAGAAUGAAUUUAUUUAGUCUUUAUUCUUCCCAAAUGCAAGAAAAUGUUCCCCCAAAGACUUCCUUGGUAGUAGAGUUUUAUGUCUUUGUUCAUGUAAUACCAUUCUUCUAAAAGGGAAGGGUGGGAAAAAGGCACCCAAAGAAGGAAAUGGAACACAUGCAGGAAGUCCUUGUGUCAUCGAUCACCUCAAAACGAGUACAGGUCUGAAUAGGUGUUUGGUGUGUUUUUUUUUUAAUUAAAAAAUGGGUUCACUCAAAUAUGUGGUUAAAUAAUGUGUUUUGUGUGACUAAUUUAAGAUAUAAAGUUACAUGUGAUAUUUUAAAGAUCCACAUGUGAAUUGUAAAACUAGUUUAACAAAAGCCACUACUAGUAACAUCAGUAGCAUAAGAUACAUUUAGCAAACAUUAAACCUGUUACGCACAAAGCACUGUGCUAGAUGCUGGGGAUAUGAAGGUAAAAAUGAAAUAAUUCUUGCACCCCAGGAGCUUACUGUGAAGAGACAGCAUGUGCACAAGUGUAUUUAAUACAAUGAAAAUUGAAAGGUGGAGAGGAAUUAGGAGAGACCUCACGGGCUGCGCCAGAGCUGAGCCUUGAAGGAAGGAGUCUGAGAGAAAGAGAAGAAAAGAGACCAGCCACGGUGAUGGUUUGUGCCAUUACAUAAGAGAAAUAGACUCUUUUGGCUGGAAUAUGGAGUUCAUGUGGGAGAGUAGUAUGAAAUAAGGCUGGAAAGCAGGUGAGUGCCAGAUGGUGGAGGUCUUAAAUGAAAAAGCAUUUAUUAAGUGCUUAAUAUGUUCCAAGAACUGUGCAAAACUCUGGGGUUACAAAUACAGAAGUAGAAUCCCUGACUCAAAAAGCUUACUAAUUCUAAUAGGAGGAGAUAAUACUUACAGAGGAUUGGUGGCCAGUGAAGGGUGGUUUUGUUUGGGGGAUAACAGAGAUGAUGAGUAGAAUUGUGGGACAGUUAAUUAUCAUGCCACUUCUAGAAGCAGUGGUGAUUUGAAUAGAGUUUCCAGAGCAAAAGGUGGAAAGCAGGGAGUGAAGAGGGAUGUACCUGCACAGUAGCUGAUCAGAAAAAUAUCUAGGAGGUAAGGUCAAAUAUUUAUUAAGCACCUGCUGUGUGCCUGGUACUGUACCAGGGACACAGAGACAAAAAUGAAAGUCCUCUCAGAGAGCUUAUAUGUGAGUAUAUACCAAAGAAAUAUGUGUAGAAUAAAUAAAAGAUGAAUAUGAAGUAAUUAAAUACAUGGUAGAGAAGGAGGACACUCAAAAUCAAGGGGAUCAGAAGAGGCUACAUUUGAAGGUGAUGCUUCAAUUAUGUCAUUUAAGGAAAGGAGGAAAGUGAAUGUUGAAAACUCUUUACUUGUAAUUGGAAAAAAUAACUAUUAAGUAGGGGGAAAAAAAAGAAGGGAGGAAUUCAGUGAAACAGUAGUGAGGAAGGAUUACAGGGAGAUGAGAGAUAAAGGACCUGGCUUUGGGGGUGAUAAGUCAGCAGAGGAGAAUGAGAAGUGGUCAGGUAAAAGGAGAACCUGAAGAAGGGGAGACUUAGAAGGACACCAUGGUAGGUGUUGUCAGAUCUAGCAAAGAAGUUGAGAAGGAUGAGGUAUGAAAAAAAGGACUAUCAAGUUUGACACCUGAGAGCUCGUUGGUAACUUUGGAGAGGAUAAUUUCAGUUGAGUGAUGUGGUUCAAAACCAGAUCACAAAGUGUUAGUGAGAGGAGAGGAAGCAGAAACAAACAGGCUACUUCUAGGAGUUUAACUGAGAAAGGGAGGAGAAAUACAGGAUGAAAACUUGAAGUGAAUGGCAGUAUCUAGUGAAGGAUAAGGGAGAAUUGAAAUCAAUAGGUAGAAAUGAAGAUUAACAAGAGAGAGGAUAGUUGAGGAGGCAGUGUGCUGAAAAAUGUGGGAGGAAUGGGGUCAAGAUUUCGCCUGUGGAAGAUUUGACCUUGGCAAGGAGGCCCACCUCAUUACCAGUCUAAGAAAGGAGGAGAGACUGAGGGAGGAUGUCAGUAGGUUUUGAGAUGAAGAGGAGAGAAAAGGGAGCUCAGGUGCUCCAAUUUCCUCAAUAAAGUAAGAAAUGAGAAAGAACAUGGUCGGGUCUGUGGCCUGCUGGAUCUGAAGUCUCAACACAACUAGGCUUAUGGAAUUUGUAUUUUAUCCUAAAAUCAGAUGGGAGUCAUUGAAGGUUUCUUAGUGGGGAAAUGUCAAGGUCAUGGCUGUGCUGUAGGAAGAUUAUUUUGGCAACUGGAUUAGAAAAGGGAAAGACUGGAAGUAGGGAGACUAAUUAGAAGUAGACCAGUAAGGUGACGAGGCUGAACUUGGCUGGUGGUGUGUGAGUGGAGAGAAGGAUUUGGGGUCCAAACAAAGCCAGUUCCCCUCCGAUGAGCCUCAGUUUCCUCAUAUAGAAUGAGAAGAUCAGACUUAGCCUCCAAGUUCUCUUCAAGUUCUCAAUCCAGGAUCCUAAGGGAUUGUCUGUUUUUCUAUCUGUAUCCCUAGCAUUUAGCACAGCGCUUUGCUCGUGAUAGAUACUGAACAAAUGCCUCAUUCCUUCAUACAAGCAAGAGAUGUUGAGGCAAACUCAACAACAUGGCAACUGAUUGGAUUAGGAUCUUGUCAUCUAAGCAGGGGGUCUAAGACUGAGUGUAUUCAGAAUUUUAAUUUGUACCAAGUGAGAAUUACACCAUCAUAAAAGCAAAAUAAAUGAGGAAAUCUUAGAAUCCUUUACUUCCUUCAUGACUCAGCUCCAGCACCACUGUCUAUAUGAAGUCUUUUCUGAUCCCUUCCUAGAUUACCUUGUAUUUAUUCUGUAUCUACCAAUGUGUACGUAUGUCUUUCAUUAAAUGCAAGCUUCUUA